AUGUUUGGUGUCAUAACUGCAUAUGAAUAUCCAAGCAAUCUAUGUGCAGACUUAGCCUUGAUACUCCCAAACAUCACCUUCUUCCCGACAACGCCGACGUACAAUGCAUCCAUCCACUCUUACCCAUUCCUUCAACUUCGGCUACAUCCAUCCUGUAUCAUUCGUCCAAGCUCUGCAAAGGAUGUAUCUACCGCCAUCACCACUCUACUGCAGAAUAAUAACACCAAAUUUGCGAUUAGGAGUGGUGGUCACAAUGCAAACACCGGCUUCAACAACAUCGACGGCGGCGUCACAAUCGAUAUGCAAAGCAUGAACAAGGUCGAAAUUGCGAAAAGAGAUCAAGUUGUGGCGGUCGAGGCUGGCGCACUGUGGCAGAAUGUAUACGACAAGGCCGAGAAGCGUAACCUGACGGUACUUGGUGGCCGCAUCGGCGUCGUAGGAACUGCUGGCUUCUUGACAGGAGGUGGAAUUUCCUUCUUCAGCCCGGAGCGUGGUUGGGCGUGUGACGGCGUCAUCAACUUUGAAGUCGUACUUGCAAACGGGAAUGUUAUCAACGCGAAUGCGACAUCGCACUCUGAUCUCUUUGUCGCACUCAAAGGAGGGCAGAGCAAUUUCGGAGUUGUCACACGUUUCGACUUGAAAGCCUUCUCCGCCGGUCCUAUCUACGGCGGAAGGAUUGUUUUCGGAGCCCAUGCUACCACGCCUCUACUUUCAGCAUACACGGAGCUUAAACUAGGUGAGUAUGAUCCGUACGCAGCGGGCUGGGUCACAGUGCGAUAUAACCACACGGCAGCGACAUUUACUCCGGUCAGCAUCAUGUGGCACACGCGGCCAAAACUUGGCACGUUGAGAAGCAUCGUCGAGGUGAAGCCGCAGGUCAUGAAUGGCAUGAUCGAAGCGCCCAUCAGUGAGCAUACCAGGAAUGCAUCCAGACAAGUGGCCGCGAACCCUCAAAGGACAAUUUGGGCAACGACAUCAUUUUCAAUCUCCUCGACGAUCAUACAUCGCAUCCACAGCUUCUGGAAAGACGUCGUACCUGGAAUCGCAGCACAGUAUGCCUAUGCCAAGCCGGUUGCAGAAAUAACUUUCCAAGCUCUUCCCGCACCACCUCGCAAUGGCACAGCACCGAACAGCCUAGGUUUUGGACCAGAUGAGACACCAGAGAAAGAUCUCGUAUUCUUGCAGAUAAUCUUCACCUUCGAAGAUGCUGCCGCUACCGAUGGGUUCGAAGAGGCUUUGAAGGAUUUGGUAAGGCUGAUCGAAGGCUUAACGAAGGAGGAGGGUGUUUUCCAUCCAUACAAAUAUCUCAAUUUUGCGGCAUCCUUUCAGGAUCCGUUGGCAAGCUAUGGCGGUAUCGAAUUGGAGAGAAUGAAGAAAGUGGCAAGGAAGUAUGAUCCGACAGGCGUAUUUCAGACGCAGGUACCUGGAGGGUUCAAGCUGUUCUAA